AAUUUGUUACACUCCAAAAUUCAAUUCGAUAAUUAGGUACACACACGUAUAAAAGGAGAUUCCUGUUAUUGUGUAUGAAUUUAAAGCUUCCUCCUUCACAACCUAGUUUUCCUCGAAGUCCAAACUUUCAUCAUUUCUAAGGAAACUUUAUUAUAAGCUCUUGGAAUGGAAGACACAAGUGAAGCUUUGAGGCACUGGAUUUACAAAAGGGAGAGAAUAGAAGAGGCAGAUUUUCCAGCUUGUUGUAGUUAUGGGCCAAUCAGUUGGGAAAAUCCUUCCAAGUGGCAAGGUGUGAUUCUUGGGCCUCCUGGUUCUCCUUAUGAAGAUGGUGUCUUUUUUCUCUCCAUAGAUUUGCCUGAUGAAUACCCUUCCAAGCCUCCCACAAUCAAGUUCAAAACUAAGGUUUUCCAUCCAAACAUCGACGAAGAUGGGACAAUUUAUGUUGACAUUCUAGAAGAAGACCAAUGGAAUCCCAUUCAGACUAUUGAAACCCUGUUGCUUUCCAUAUGCUCGCUCCUAGCAGAUCCUGACCCAGUCGACCCUUUCUAUUUCAAUAGAAGUUGCUAUCUGUACCAAAACGACUGGGAAGAAUACAACAAAACAGCCAAAGAAUGGACCAGAAAGUAUGCAAUGGGACAGUUUGACGACGACUUGUAUAAGGUUGUAACGACAUAAUUUGGAUCUUCGGAGAAUUCUGUUUAAUUGGGGCAAAAAAAGGUUCGAGUACUGCUGAAUACUGUUAUUAUGUUAAAAAUGAGUGAGAACAAUAUGUGGAUAUGAUAAAACUAAUUUCAUGUGUAAAUUUGUGUUGUUGGGUAUUGAAGUCACGUUAGGGAACCGAGUUUCGAUGGC